CUAUCGGCUCGGCAUUAAAAUUAGAAAAAGCUUUUUAAUGGAUUGAUAGUAAUUACGUUUUGUUCUAAGGAUUUUUCUUCUUAAAAUCCCGUUUAAAUAUUCGAUGAAAAACAACCAUGAAUAAUUCUGCGAUAAAAGUUGCGGAAAUAUUCAACGAGGCUGGGACAGCAUUUAAAAAGCUGUCAGAGAUGACAAUGAUGCUGCAUCCAGUGAACGAUGCACAGCCUGGUGGCAAAUGGAGUGAUGAAGAAGUGGAAAUGUUGAGGGCCUGCAUACAUCGCUUUGCUGUGGACCUGAAUCAGCUCAGUCUGCAUAUUAAAAACAGGACAAUUUCCCAAAUAAAGAGGACGUUGAAAAAGAAGGCGUUUGAGGACGCGGGCAUCCCGCUGCGCGAGGUAAGCAGCACGGUGACCAGCCAGCAGCUGCCGGAGCCGCAGGUAGAGCCAACCAACAUCGAGCCCCGAGUGUUAGGAACAAACCCAGAGGUGACACUGAACAUGCUGAACGCGACUGGGACGGAGGGGGAGGAGGAGAUCGGGGGCAUUGACCUCGAGUUCGAGCCAGUCAGCAACGAUGAUGUGGCCACAUGAAAUAUGUACAGCCUCAAUUUCUGCUAAAGUGUCUCUCACAGAGCCACUUUGGCAGAACAUUGAGACAACAAAGCAAACGCGAAACAUGUUUCAUUACACUACAUUUCCACUGCGGAUACUUCUACACU